UGUCCACCCUGGCACACCACGCACUGCCAAACCCCUAACCAUUAACCCAGCCCACCCCCACCCCCGGCUGCAUGCACCCGCCACUUCAGCUCCUGUCCCAGCCAUGGCAGCGAUCAGCACCCCGGGGGGCACUGACACCCCCCUGUCUCAGGUGAACCCUAGCAGCCAGCGCACACCGCCACCUCCACUGCAGCCUCUGCUUGAGCAGGCUAUGGCCAUUGAAGGCGAGCUGACCCAGGGAGAGGACAAGUCCUCCACCGAGGUCAUCUGCUGCCAUUCAGGGGAUGCAGUUGCUGCCGGCCGCCAGCCCCUCACCUACCUCCAGCAGGUGGCUGCCAUCUGCGCGUAUCCCACACUGCUGGACGCCGAGUGCAUGCCGGCGGACACCAAGCAGCGCGCACGCCAGAUCCUGCAGCACCUGCAGGGUGGCAGCCCAGGGUCAUACAACCUGGAGUACAUCACUGACACCGUGGCCAAAAAAGUGGCCCGUUACUUGGAGCAAAGGGACAAUGGCAUUCCCAGCGAUCCCCACUGCAUUGUCCCCUGCAGUGGCACCGCCUCAGCCAUGGUGGACGUGGUGACGCUGGUGGUGGAUGAGAGGGCGCCACAGCCGACGGGCGUGCUGGUGCCGGUGCCGGGCCCCCCGCUGCAUGCAGCGGCAGCGGGGCUGGCGGGGGCCGUGGCCGUGCCGUACCCGCUGGCCGAGGAGCAGGGCUGGGCUGUGGCUGGCGAGGCGCUGCGGCAGGUGCUGCGGCAGGCACGGGUGAGAUGCCACCCCAAGGUGCUCUGCAUCGUCAACCCCGGAGACCCCACGGGGCAUGUGCUGAGCCGGCAGAGCAUGGAGGACAUCAUCCGGCUGGUGGCUGAGGAACACCUGCUGCUGCUGGCAGAUGAGGUACAGCAGGAACGAGCCUUCCUCCCUGGCUGCCCCUUCCUCUCCUUCAAGCGGGUGCUGUGGGAGAUGGGUGCCCCGCUCGCCUCCACCGUCCAGCUUGUCUCAUUCUACUCCCUCUCCAAGGGUUUCGGGGGGGGUGGUUUCCGAGCAGGUUUCUUCGAGCUGGUGAACAUUGACCCAAGUGUCCUGAAGUGCUUCUACACAUGGGGGAUGUCAGUGUAUCCCUCCAUCCUGGGUCAGGUGAUGUUGGAGAUGGCCAUGGAGCCCCCACUGCCCAGUGACCCCUCCUAUCCAGCCUUUAAUGAGCAGAGGCAGGGGCUGCGCCGGGACCUGGCCCACAACGCCCGGCGGGUGCAGGAGGUGCUGGGCCGGGCCCCCGGCAUCUGCUGCCAGCCCGUGCAGGGCGGCGCCCGCGCCUUCCCCCGCAUCCAGCUCCCGCCCCGCGCCCUGCAGCAGGCCCGGGUGCUGGGCCUGGAGCCCGACGUCUUCUUCUGCCAGGAGCUGCGGGAGGCGACGGGGGUGGUGCUGGCCCCAGGGAGCGAGUUUGGGCAGCCAGAGGGCACCUACCACGUCGGGCUGUCGCUGCUCCUGCCGGCUGAGACGCUGGAGCGGGUGCUGCUCACCCUCACCCACUUCCACGCCGCCUUCCUGCACAGCUUCUCCUGACAUGGGGGUGACCCUGGCCCCCUAUCUGCCCCCUCAACCCCAUUAAAGCCCCCCACAGAUCA